UCCUCCCAUUCCUACCCACAAAAGCCUUUCGUCGGAAGCCAGGGAGAGCCGCAGAUCCCGUUCCAAGUGGCUUCUCGACAAUGAUGCCUACCUCUGCUUCUUUCCGCUUUCGGAAGUUUUAGGGUUCUCCCAUCGGCCACUUGCUCCGCUCUGAUUCCUUCCUUUCCCUCGGUUCUCACGACCAACCACUUGCCCAUCUCCUGCUACCCGGUCCUCUCCGUGGAUUUCCGCCCUCGAUCGACUCGUAGCCGGCGCGCCGCACCUGCUUUCUCUUUGGGAUUUCAGUGGAGCUCUGAGUUUUUGAUACAGAUGUGGAUCUUUUGGCGGUAGUUAUCAGAUUGAUCGGUUCACAAAAUUUGCCUCGUCCCUGAUGUUGAGGAACGCUUUCGCUAGUCAUGGAAGGGCCAGCUGAAGUAAAUGAGACAUUUGAGAGCUCGGUCGAUGCUCCUCAUAUUAAAAAAACAGAGAAUGAUCAACCACCGGAGCAGCCAAGCCCCGACAAUGCCGCAGAAACACACGCCCCACUUGUCUCACAGGAUGCAGAAUGGGCCGAGCACUUCACCUGGCUGCAGACACCAGAGAUGUUUCUUGAACGUAUGGCUGGAGGGAGCUUAAAUUGCGAUCCACAUGCACAUUCUGGGCCUGAACCACAUAGCUCAGACGCUCACUCUUUGAGCAACCAAGGAGAAAUGGUGGAAGAGCUGACUCUGAAUAACUAUAAGAAUCCUAAUUUGUCUCUGGGCAGUAGCACAAGUAGUGGGGAGAAAACAUCAGUCCGGAUGGGCCUAUGGCAGAAUUUCACAAGACAUGCAGGAAAAUCGAGGGACACAGCAACCAGGAAGUCCUUGUCAAUGGGUCAUAAUGAUGAUGUGGAUAACAGGUUUCUGCCUCCGUCGGGCACACAGAGGCCUAGUCUAGCCACACAGUCAGAGCCAAAAGAUUCUAGGUUCCCUGAGCAUGUGUCUAAGAUUGACAAGCAUAUCAUCCCAAGUACUACUACAACAAAAUCUCCUGCUGCAAUCCGGACUAAGGUUCUCUCCGCAUCUGGAUUUCAACAAUAUUUGGUCAAGACUACAUUGAAGGGUAAGGGAGUUGUAUAUAACCAUCAAGAAAAUCGUGAUGAGCCUGGUGUUGUGAUCUCUCGUCAAAAUAUUGAAAAGCCUAAUGCCAAUCUGAACGUGACUUUUAAAUCUUCACAUAGUCCUAGUUGUAAAGUGGAUUCUAUAUCUUUCAAACAUUUAGGAACUUCAAAUCCCUAUAGCGAAGGAAUUACCUUGAGGGAAUGGCUUAAACCUAAGCGCCACAAGAUAAAUAAGGCUGAGCGCAUGCAUAUAUUUGAGCAGAUCCUGGAUUUUGUUGACAUCUGUCACUCCCAACUUCUUGUUUUGCAGUAUUUACGACCAUCAUACUUUAUCAAAUAUCCCUCCAAUCAGGUUAAGUACAUUGGGUCCUUUGUUCCUCAGAGCCAGAUGGAGUUACCAGAUUUAGUAAUGCAAGAUAUUCACCAUCUGGAUCAUCAGUCAAAAAGAAAGAGGUGUACAGACCAGGACAAGGAGACUCAUGAAGUUUCGGUGCUGAAGCUUCAGAAAUUUCGUGAUCAUAAUAGUGACAGUAAUGAGCAUCACACAUAUCCUUUUACGGGUGGUUCUGUAGGAGAUGAUCAAGGUGAAGAAAAGGAAGCUGAUAGUUUUAGAGCAGGAACUACUGGCAGUGCUUUCAGGGCAGUGAAAUUGGAGAAAUGGCAUAAAGGUCAUAACGUGAAUUGCAGUCCAGGUAUAUCUAGUUCUAUCAGCCAGCAAUCCAUAUCUGAGCUGGUGAAAUUGGAGGAGAAGUGGUAUGCUAGCCCUGAGGAGAUAAAUGAUUAUGUGUGCUCCUCUGCAUCAAAUAUCUACAGUCUUGGGGUUUUUCUUUUUGAGCUAUUAUGCUGUUUUGAAACAUGGGAAGUGCAAUCUGCUGCAAUGUUGGAUUUACAGCAUCGGAUUCUUCCACGAACCUUUUUGUCAGAAAGUCCCAAGGAAGCUGGCUUCUGUCUUUGGUUGUUGCAUCCUGACCCAUCUUCUCGGCCAAUGUCAAGGGAUAUUAUUCAAAGUGACCUGUUAAGUGAACGUAGAAAUUUUCCAUCAUUAGAUAACUCAUCGGCUUUGAUUGAAGAGGAAGAUGCAGAAGCAGAUUUGUUAUUACACUUUCUCUUAUCUUUGAAAGAACAAAAAAAGAUGCAGGCCUCAAAACUAGAAGCACAACUUAGUUAUUUAAAGGCAGAUAUUGAGGAGGCUGAACGAAGGCUCAUAUCAAAAACACAGUUAUUUUCUGAUGACAGAGGUUUCCGAUCAAAAUUUAUAGAAUCAUCCAGCACUUACUAUAGUGAAAAAUCUGUUGGUAAUGCUGGAGCAAUAUCCACGCUAUGCAAAUCAAAUAAGUAUGAGGAGAGGUUAAUGAGGAACAUUGAUCAGCUUGAAAGUGCAUACUUUUCCAGGUGCUCGAGGAUUGGAACACCUGAAUUUAUUGCUGCAAUGCGUUCUGACUAUGAUGUUCUCAAGAUCCGUGAUAGAUGCUCCCAGCUCCUGAAUGAUGCUGAUGAAGCAACUGAUCAUCUAGGAACCUUUUUUGAUGGUUUAUGCAAGUUUGCUCAAUACAGUAAAUUUGAAGUUUGUGGAAGUCUGAAGAAUUUAGACAUCGUCAACUCUGCAAAUGUCAUUUGUUCUUUGAGUUUUGACCGUGAUGAAGACUAUUUUGCUGCAGCUGGAGUAUCAAAAAAAAUUAAGAUUUUCGAGUUUGGUGCUCUUUUAAAUGAGAGUGUUGAUGUUCAUUACCCACUGAUUGAAAUGACUAGUGGAUCCAAGCUCAGCUGUGUAUGUUGGAAUGAUUAUAUAAAGAAUUAUUUGGCUUCAACUGAUUAUGAAGGCAUUGUUCAGUUGUGGGAUGCAAGCACCGGGCAAGGAUUCACAAAGUUUGCUGAGCAUAAAAGACGAGCAUGGUCUGUCAAUUUCUCGGUUUUGGAUCCAACUAUGUUGGCCAGUGGAAGUGAUGACUGUACUGUGAAAAUAUGGAGUAUCAAUGAAAAAGGUUCUCUUGACACUAUCAGGAAUGUGGCCAAUGUGUGUUGUGUCCAGCUUUCACACUCGUCUCAUCUCUUGGCUUUUGGCUCUGCCGAUUACAAAAUUUACUGUUAUGAUCUAAGGAACACUAGAAUUCCCUGGUGUACUCUGUCCGGACAUGGAAAGGCCAUCAGCUACGUGAAAUUCUUAGACUCGGAAACAAUUGUUUCGGCAUCGACCGACAACACCCUUAAGCUUUGGGAUCUCAAGAGAACAAACCCAAGUGGCUUAUCCACCAAUGCUUGCAGCCUAACUUUAAGUGGUCAUACAAAUGAGAAGAACUUUGUUGGCUUGUCUGUUUGUGACGGGUAUAUAGUGUGUGGUUCAGAGACAAAUGAAGUUUAUGCUUACUAUAAGACAUUUCCCAUGCCAAUGACUUCUCACAAGUUUGGAUCCAUUGAUCCAAAUACGGGACAAGAGACGAGCGAUGAUGAUGGACAGUUUGUCUCAAGUGUCUGUUGGAGAGGGAAGUCAGAUAUGGUUAUUGCUGCAAAUUCCACAGGAAGAAUAAAAGUGUUGCAGCUGGUUUAAGAAAAGUUGCAGGUAGCAAUGAGCUGGCAGUCUCAAAACAUUGGUGAUGCUUAUAUGACAAAUUAUGUGUGGUUUCCUCACCUGGCGCCAAUCUCAAAACUGAGAUCAGGUACCAAAGCUUCAGAUGAGAAAUAAAUUCUAAGCUGUGCGGACCCAGUGCUCCUGAGAUUUAGGUACUAAUUACCCUUAAAGAACUUCCACAGUUAUGAGCUUUUACCCAAAAUGUUUUGGUUUUAGUAGACAAUUUGUUGCAUGACCAGGAGAUUGCAACUGUCAUCAUCAACCAAGCCCGGAGUUGGAUCCUCGGCACAAUCAAUUGAUUGAUGGACACAAAGUGGCCGCCAUUAGAGUAUUCCAAAGUUCGAAUGCUCUGUAAGGCUGGCUGUCGAUAGUAGGUUAUUGCUUAUGCUGGGAGAGGCACAUUCCUUGCUCUUUUGAGUGGGAAUGAGGGUGUAUAAGAUUGUGUGUUUUCUGAGAAUUUUGUACAUUGUGUACUAUAAUUAACUGCUAGUGAUUCUUUCUUACAGAAUAUAAGGUUAGAUGAAAACGGGAUAUAGAAAACCCAUUGUGCUGUAUCUAAUGGAACAGUUUUGAUGUUCUACUACGUGGAUGACAUUGUAGACAAUAUUCGAGUUCUGAUUAAGAAUCAUGUUUACUGAUGACA